AAUAAAUUUAUAUUUAAGAAAAGUUGAUAAAUUUUUAUUUUCAUUGAAACCACCUCAAGAAUAACAACUAUAAUCAUAAAAUGAAUUUCGUUUUUACUUUUUUGGUGACCUGUUCGCUCCCCUUGGGAACGCUGCUGCAAGAAGAGGGUUCAAAUUUGGAUUUUGUAAAAGCUGUAUCUAAUAAUAAAUAUCCCAUCGAAAUUCAUGAAGUAGAAACAGAAGACGGAUACAUAUUGACCGUAUUUAGGAUUCCACAAGGAAAAAAUUCCAACAAAAUAAGCCGCAAUGUAGUGUUACUGAACCACGGCAUGUUUGGAUCUUCAGAAAAUUAUAUUUUACUUGGACCCAAGAAAUCUUUGGGGUACGUUUUAGCUGACAACGGAUACGACGUUUGGAUAAUGAAUUCAAGAGGAACGUGGCAUUCUAAAAAACACCGGACUCUUAGUCCGAAACAAAAAGAAUUUUGGCAAUUUUCUUGGCAUGAAAUAGGAGUAUACGACAUUCCAGCUGUCAUCGAUCACAUUCUAAAUAUAACAAAUGAAACAAGAAUCAACUAUAUCGGUCACUCACAAGGCUGUACAAGUGCAUUUGUGAUGGGUUCAGAAAGACCAGAAUAUAAUGACAAGAUAAAACUUAUGAUUGCCUUGAGUCCAGCAGCUUUUUAUAAGCAUAUGAAACAUGAUAUGCUCAAAAUGGCCUCCAAUUAUGGCAAACAAUUAGAGGAUCUCGCAAACUCUCUUGGGAUAUAUGAACUUCCACCUCCAUUUAUGUCUGCUGCACAAUUAAGAGAAAUAAUUCGAUUGUUGUGUAUAGAAUCGUCUGUGCUUCAAAAUACAUGCAAUACUUUAUUUUUUCUUAUUGGCGAAAGUAAUCCAAGUCUACAGGAUAAGAAUUCGAUUAAACAAAUACUGCCGUUAAUAGUUGCUUCAGUUUCUAUAAAACAAGUUUUCCAUUACUCACAACAAAUUUCCUCUGGAAAUUUCCAACAAUACGAUUUUGGUCAAGAAAAAAAUCUGGAAAAAUAUGGAAGCAAAUACCCGCCUCUGUACAACAUUAAAAACAUAACUUUUCCAGUAGUUAUAUUCUACAGUAGUGGAGAUAGGUUGGUUUCUGAAGAGGAUACACUACUUUUAGCAAGCCAAUUACCAAAUUUGGUAGGUGCGUUCCAGGUGCCAGCGGGAUUUUCUCACGUAGAUUUCAUUAUCGCAAACAAUCUUGAUAAAAUAAUAUUAAGACCAGUAUUAAAGCUAUUGAAAAGGUAUAAUCUACAUCAAUAAAAAAAAACACAAAUAAUUUAUUUCUUAAAUUUUAAUAAUAAUUUAUAGAAAUAAUUAAAAUUUAUGCAACGCCGGUGAUAUUAACAUUAAUUAUUUUAAGAUAACAGUUACACCUAAAUACCUCAAAAUUAUAAAAAUAAUGAUAACGUUAAUAAUCUUUAAUAGAUGAAAAAACAUAGAUUUUUAGCUGGUUGUGAUACUUUAUUUUUUCUAUGACGGAAAAAAUGACAUUUUAAUAUAUUAUUUC